UUCCUCCAGCCGUCGAUACUACCUUACCUAUCUGUAACCUACCCACGUGUACAUAGUAGUAUUUGUUAAAUACACUAUCCCUUUCUGAAGACGCGUACCUAGUCAGUAUCACAAAAUCUCGUCAACCGACUCGCUAUUCUAUUCCAAACUCAGGAUAUUGUAAUAUGUUCCACGAGAAGGUUUUUUUUUUGAAAAAAAUAAAAAUAAAAAUAAAAAUAAGGAGGGGAAUAUCGAAUAUAGCAUCGUACCACCCCGGCUUUUUGCUUUUUUUAUCCAUUGGGCAGCAGCUGUUAAAAGUUCGACAUGGUACGUGAUAUUUGGGAGCGAUGUGACGUUCUCGCUUACAUCCCACAACUUGCUACCCCUCAGUCGCUCGCGAUGGCGUUGAAUGGGUCUAGCUUCGCAGCUGUGCCACAAACCCUGCCUUAUCACUACUCUUGGAAUUCUCGGUGUCCUACAUAUAAGUAGCAUCUCAAUUAAAAAGGGCUAUACCUGUCGACGGUUGCGCCGGGUUCCCGGGUUCUUCUCGUCAAUGUUGAUCAUAGCUUACGCCUACCGAGAUCAUGGCCCCUAACUUCGCGGCCAUAGCAGCAGCGGAGCAAAGCACCCAAGAUGCGACAUUAGCUGUUAGCGGACUUGUUAUCGCUCUGGCUGUUAUAUCGGUCGUCUUGCGAUUCUACACCCGGAAGCUCACUCGCAUAGGCUUGGGAGCAGAUGACUGGUUAAUUCUGGUCGCCGUCAUUGCAACCCUUGUGACAGCCGCGCUUCUCCUCUAUGGCAACAGCUUCGACCCCCUCGGCCUCUGGGUCUCGGAAAAUACUGACCCGGACUACGUUUAUACACCUGAAGACAUUCUCUACCUCAAGGUUUCAUUCGUUAGUUCCGUCCUGUAUUUUACUAUUGCCGGCGCCACGAAGCUAGGAAUACUGCUCAUGUACUAUCGCAUAUUCUCUGUUAGUACGGCCUUUCGCUACCAACUAUUCUUAGCUGUGUCGUUGGUCAUCGGAUGGUGGGUUGGCUGCACCGUAGCUACGUUGACGAACUGUAUCCCCCUCGAAUGGAGCUGGAACAACAGCUUGGCCGACCCAAGAUACUGCUUUAACUACAAUGUCUUCUGGAUGGCCUCGGGAGCGUGCGAGAUAUUUCUUGAUGUGUUAAUUUUGACGUUACCUAUCAGCACUGUCGUAAGAAUGCGUCUAUCAACCCAGCGAAAAAUCACCAUCUCGAUUAUCUUUCUACUGGGCGGGUUUACUAUUAUAACCGGUCUAGUUAAAGUUAUUCUUGGAUACCCACCUAAUAGCCGUGUUCCUUCAUACUCGAAUACCGAAGUGUGGACGACUGUACACGCCGGCCUGGCCAUCGUAUGUGCUAGCUUACCUAUAUUCAGACCCUUGGUCAGGCGUAUUUCCGAGUUAUCGCUAGUCUCGAAGGCCUCGAACAUAUUUUCUCUCCGGCGCUCUUCGAGGCCACCAACCCCUCUGGAUCUGGAGACGAUCUCUGAAUUGUCCAGCUAUCAGAACACAACGACGAGAGACCAGUACCCAGGCCCGACGCAUGAGGAUGAGCAGCGGGUGUUCCUUAGUUUGCCCGAAAUUGAGGCAAUGCAGAACAGGUCGAGCUUUUAUCCUCCUACCUGGCUUGAGCCGCUAGCUAAAGCAGAUUUGUCGUCGACUAAUAAAUAAUUAUUAGCUUCUGCCUCACCUAUUGCUGUUUCAUAUCUAUUUGUAGUUGAUUGUGCCAUGCAGCGACGAACCUCUUCCAAGUAUUAAUUACGAUUAGACAUCAGAUCCUCUUCGCGCUAUUGGU